CAGAGUGGGAAGUCAUUAUCCCACAAGAGCGUCCACUCGUUUCCACCUUAUCAAAUCAACCGAGCUGCUUAGCCGGGCUAUAUUAAGACAAUUAGCAGACCUCAUAAUAAUUUCUCAUCUCCACACACACCCAAUUAAAUAAAUUCAGCGGCAUGUCGGGGAAGUGCAGCCACCACAAGAGCAAGCUGCGGAAGGCCCUGCGCAAGUGCUGCGCGUGCCUCCUCGUCUUCAGCUUCAUCAUCCUCCUGGUGAUCCUCCUGGUGUGGGCCAUCCUCCAGCCCAAGAAGCCCACCUUCCUCCUCCAGGACGCCACCAUCUUCGCCCUCAACGUCUCCGCCACCAACGUCAUCUCCACCACCCUCCAGAUCACCGUCCUCUCCCGCAACCCCAACUCCCAAAUCGGCGUCUACUACGACAAGCUCGACGCCUUCGCCACCUACCACAGCCAGCAGAUCACCUACUACACCUCCAUCCCCCCCGUCUACCAGGACCACAAGGACCUCAACAUCUGGUCCCCCUUCAUCUACGGCAACGACGUCCCCGUCGCCCCCUUCAACGGCCUCGCCCUCGCCCAGGACCAGUCUAACGGCGCCAUCAAACUCACCGUUAAACUUGAGGGCCUCGUUAAAUGGAAGGUCGGGUCCUUCGUAUCCGGCCGUUACCACCUCCACGUCUCCUGCCCCGCUUACAUCCCCCUUGGAAAUAGCGAAGCUAACGGCAUCGUCAUCGGCACCGGCAUUAAGUAUCAGCUCUCCCAGAGCUGUAGCGUAAGUGUGUGACAAUUAUACUUAAAUUUAAUCUUCAAUAAAACAGAGGAAUUGAACACACAUAUAUAUUGAUGAACCAUUACCACUCCACAGGCCGUAUUUUUAAUUAAAUGUGGAAUAUUAUUAGGCCCAUUUUUAUGUUAAUUUUUAUUUUAUAUUUCUCAGCUUCUUAAUUGCUUUUGUUUACAGAGGAGCAGAUAAUUGUACAUUUUCCUCGUGAUUAAAUUUGUAUAUCUUUGUAAUGACUUGUGUUUGGGCUUAAUUGAUUCAGUGAUUAUGCAAUAA